AUGGAGAAGCUCCUUGAGCAGAUCUGGACCAAGGAGCUGGAGCAGAUCCGACACUGCGACACCAGGCAGCACGAGGAAGAAUGGGGAGCUGAGAGGAAAAACCGAAAACGGUUGCAUCAGGCUAGAGGUUUCCAGUUCAAUCUCGACGUCGAAAUCGAGAAGCUUAAACGUAUGACCAUCAUUCGAGAGGCCCUUCACAUCCUACUUAGCCAGACCCCUUCUGCGGAUGCAUACCUUGAUCUCGGCGAAUACUCUAAACCCGGCGAACGCCUUGUUCUACUUGACCACGAGAUAGGCUCAACGGUGAGCAUUCUCCACUACAUGGAUGGGCACAUGGCGAGGCCGUCGCUGUUUGCGUACGAGCCGCCAGUGAUGGCUACAGCGGGAUAG